AUGAACGUUCUAAAGAGCAUUGGCUCUGUGUUCAGCAAGGAGGCAAUGCUGUCGCAAGUCCAGUUGAAGCGUUUGUCCGAACACAAGUACAAUGCUCAGGACUAUUCGUUGUGCGAUGAGGUGGUGAUGAACAAGUUUUGGGACUGGGUGGUGUCCUUGUAUCCGUUGUGGCUUGCCCCGAACCUCAUAACGGUCAUUGGCAUCGUGCUUAACAUCGCUGCAAUUUCUCUCCUUUGUUGCUACAGCCCGGACUCAAAGGAGAAGGUAAGCGCUCCGUGCUGGAUGUUUUUGCUGUGUGCGGUAAGCCUGUUCGUUCACCAGACACUCGACGCGACUGAUGGCAAACAAGCUCGCAGAACCGGUUGUUCCUCGCCCCUCGGUGAGCUGCUGGACCACGGAUGCGAUUCCGUUUCGCAGACUUUCGUCUCUCUCCAGAUCUGCAUCUCGAUGCAGCUAGGCGAUUACCCGGGAAUCGCGGUUACUGUCUGUUGGGCAUGCGUCAUUUUGUUCUACUGCGCCCACUGGCAGACAUACGUUUCGGGAGUGCUGAAAUUUGGAAGGUACAAAAGCUGUAUAUUUUUGACAUUGCUUUGUUCGUAA